CAGCGCACGCAGCACAAGGCUGAACGGCUGAAGGCCGCCUCAAGUGUCAGCAGAGCUCAUCUCUUCUGCAACUGCAUUUGUCUGUGGCACUCAGCUGCGCCUGCCGCCCAGCACAAUGGAGAGGGCCGCCUCGUUCCUCUCCUCGCUCCUCGGCGUCGCCGGCGGCGAUUCCGGGGCACCGGCGGCAACGGUGAAGUCCGUCCUCGUGUACCCCAUCAAGUCCUGCAGGGGGAUCUCCGUGGCCCAAGCCCCAAUCACCGCCACGGGGUUCAGGUGGGAUCGCCAGUGGAUGCUCGUCAACUCCAAAGGGAGAGCGUACACGCAGAGGGUGGAGCCCAAGCUUGCUCUGGUUGAGGUCCAGAUGCCGCCGGAGGCCUUUGCCGAGGACUGGCAGCCCACGCCGGACGACCACAUGGUUAUCAGAGCACCUGGAAUGGAACCGUUGAAGAUCCCUCUUUGUGUGGAAUGCGCCACAAUCAAUGAUGUUUCUGUGUGGGAGUGGGCUGGCUCUGCGUAUGAUGAAGGAGCUGAAGCAGCCGAAUGGUUUUCCACUUUUUUGGGGUGCCCAACUCGACUGGUGCGCUUUAACGAAGACUCAGAAACUAGGCUGACUGACCCUAAUUAUGCACGGGGUUACAAAACCAUGUUUUCUGAUGGCUUCCCUUAUCUGAUAGUCUCUCAGGGCUCAUUGGAUGCACUAAAUGAGAUACUCAAAGAGCCUAUACCAAUUAACCGCUUCAGACCAAAUAUUUUAGUGGAGGGGUGCCACCCAUAUGCAGAGGAUAUGUGGAAAUCAGUAAAGAUAAACAAGUUAACAUUUCAAGGCGUGAAGUUAUGUGGCCGUUGCAAGGUGCCUACAAUUAAUCAAGACACUGGAAUACCUAGCCCUGCUGAACCAACUGAAACUUUGCAGACAUAUCGGUCUGGUGAAGUGCUGCUUCCUAGCCACAAAAACAAACGGCAGGUGUACUUUGGGCAAAAUGCGGUCUGCAGUGAAUCCCUGUCACUGAAUAGCAAAGGAAGGAUCGUCAAGGUCGGUGAUCCACUUUAUGUUACACAGUCGUUCUCUUCGUCUGAUGAAGUGCCAGCCUGAGUGACUGAAUCAGGGCCUAUGUAACAGCCACUUGUUCUAUGUGUGUUUUUGAACAUACCACUUGUUCUAUGUUGAGCGUGCAAAAGGCAAAGAACUGGUUUGUUGGGAAGUUGUUGGUAUUAACAGCUGUGCUUACCCAAUAAUACGGACCGUAACCUGUUGUCGUUCGGUAA